AUGAUUGAAAAUAAUCCAAAAGAAAAGUCAAGAGCAUAUGCAGUAAUCCAUGAUGACGAAGGAUAUGAUUGGAGUCAGAUUCCUCCUGAAGAAGAUCGUAUUGAUAAUCAAGUUACAGCUCAUGGCAGAACUACAUCAAAAAGUAAACAUCAUGUUUUUGUUGCUGAAAUAAAGGAGAAAACUCGAGAAGAGAUUCUAAGAGAGAAAACCGAAAGAGAACGAUUCAUUGUUGGAUGCAGAAUGGAGAAAAUGCAGGAAGAGUAUGAAAAUGUUAUUAGAAACAAAAGAUGGGACAAGAACCGAGAAUGUUAUGUCAACAGAGAUGGUGAACCUGUUGUUCCCAGGAGAGAUAUAGUUCAUGAUGAUGUUCUUCUAGUUAUUCCUCUAUCCGACGAGUAUUACUCAAAUGCUGCAAAAGAUAAAACAUAUCCGAAAAGGCUGGAUAAAAUCAUAAGACAUGCCAUGACAUCAAGUUUGAGGAAGAGGGAUGAAGAGAGAAUGAAGAAAAAUGUUGAAAAAUUGGUUGAUGAUUUGAAGAAAAUGGCUAAAGAAGUCAAAAUCGAAGCUGUGAAAGUUAAAGAUGAGAAGAUUGAAGAAGAGAAGGUGAUAAAAGAAGUUGUUGAAGAAAAAGCUGUUACUGAAGAACAGCAGGUUGGUCAAGAAGAGAUGAUGAAGAAAGAAGAAGAAGAAGAAGAAGAGGUAAAGAAGGAGAGUUUAGUUGCUGGUGAUGAUGGUGAUGAAGCUGUUGGUGAAGAAGAAAACAAGAAAGAUGCUGAUCAGACUGAAACAACAAACAACACCGAAGUGACAAUCACUGAGGUAAAAUCUGAUUCUGAAGUCUUAAUCGAAACUGUUGAACAAUUGAAAUAUUGUUCUGAAACAUCUGAUACGCUUAAGCGACAGUAUUCAGUAAAGCAACAAGUUGUCAAUUCUUACAUUGAGGAUGUUGCUAAGCUAAAGCGUCAAAUAGCUGAUUUCGAACAGGAUAACAACAAGUUACAUAGUUAUCGUGCGUCAUCAUAUGUGCUUGAAAGAAUUUUCAACAUAAAACCGGGUGAUGAUGAUUCUGAGAAAAACAAAAAGGGCAUUGGUUCUGAGUAUCAUCAAGUUCCUCCACCGAAAAAGCUUGCAUUUUAUGAUGAUGAAAAGGUGCUUUUGAAGAAAACUGAAUGUCAACCAAAGGAGAAUCGAAGCAGCCUGGCACGCGAGGAAGAGGCUGCUGGUCCCUGCGACGGUUAA